AUGUCGAUUGUGCAUGGUCUGUCUCAGCUGGCUCACGCCAGCCCAGCCGUUCUUGCAAUUAUCGCUGCCCUCGCGAUAACCUCGUGGUAUGCGGUAAAAUCAAUCUACCGACUCUACUUUCAUCCACUUGCAAAGUUUCCGGGACCCAAAUUCAAUGCGAUUUCUGAAUUUCCCAUCACCCUAGGCGUUUUAAGAGGCCGUCAUGUCUAUAAUGUGAAGAAAUGGCACGACAAGCAUGGACCUAUUGUACGAAUUGCACCAAAUGAGUUGUCCUUUACAGACCCGAGUGCUUGGAAAGACAUCUACUCUAGCCAUCCCGGACAGCCAAAUUUCCCCAGGGACCCUAUCGACAGCCGCUUCGACCCCGUGGAGGAUACUGGUGUUCUCUCGACCGACAUGCUUGUGGCAGACGACCCAAAUCAUGCUCGGCAAAGACGAACCUUGUCACACGCCUUUUCCGCGAAAGCUGUUAGCGGCCAGGAAAUUUUGAUUGCAGAAUUCGUAGACCUUUUCAUUUCGAAAAUCCAUGAGCUCGUCGAUGAUGGCCAAGUCGUGGACAUGAAUCAAUGGUACAACUACCUGACGUUCGACGUCAUCGGUGAGCUGGCUUUUGGAGAAACAUUCGGAUGCAUGGCCACCGGGGCAUAUAACUAUUGGGUUUCUAACAUGGGCGACCAUAUGGUGGCCGCUGCAGUAGAGCAAUGUACCCGCCGAUUUGCGGGGCCUCACACUGUCUUGCAGAAAUUGAUGAAGACCUGGCUGGUGCCUUCUGGUAUGAAGGACCAUCUUUCACUCAGCCGUGACAAGGUUGGCAAACGACUCGACAUCCCCGAAUCCGAGAAAAAGGACUUCUUUUGGUACAUCAUUCGAGAAAAGGAUGCGGGUAACAUGACUCGAGAGGAGUUGAUUGCCAAUGCGGCAUUGUUUAUCUCGGCCGGCAGUGAAACAACGGCAAGCCUCCUUGUUGGCUUGACCCAUUGGCUUCUGAAAUCCCCUCGAGCAUAUGAAAACCUCGUAAAGGAAAUCCGAGCCGUUGAGAAAGCUGAAGAACUCACGCAUGACCGUCUCCAAAAAAUGAAUUAUCUUACCGCGUGUAUCGACGAAGGCUUGAGAAUCUUCCCUCCUGUACCGGGUGGUAAUUUGCGAUGCGUGCCGAGAGGAGGGGCUAGUGUUUGUGGACAUCGUCUUCCUGAGGGGGUAACUGUUUCGGUUCAAUCUUGGAGCGUAACUCACGAUCCAGCGAAUUUCCACGAUCCAGAAACUUUCAUUCCAGAACGAUGGCUAGGCACAGACGAGGGAGGCCACUCUGUACUCCAAGCAAGUCAGCCUUUCUCACUUGGACCCAGAGGAUGCCUGGGAAAGAAUCUUGCCUACCUUGAGAUGCGCCUCUGCUUAGGCAGGCUCCUCUGGAACUUCGACCUGGCGUACGCAGAGGGUAAACCCGAGUGGACUCCAGUGCAGAGGGCGGGCCACCCCUUGGCAUGGAUUGUGUGGCAUAAACCGGGGCUCUAUGUUAAAGCCACACCUGUCAAAAGAUGA